GUUUAGUUUUUAAGUCUACUUUUUUAAGUCCAUGUAGCAUUGCUCUUACUCAAUGGAUCUUGUAUGAGUUGAUCCAAUCUUCGCUUAGAUAUGAUACAAAUCCAACAGAGCACAACCUAUUGUUAGCCCUAAUUGUUGGAUGUACACUGAUCUGCAUUAAGUACAUUUUUUUGAUUUUGCUCAGCUGCUUCAUUCUUGCAUACAUUGGAUUUCAGAUCAUGGAGAAACUCGUGGAUAUUGUACUCUAUCUGAAUCGGGAGAUACAUGUGGCCUUUUGCAGUCCAGAUGGAGAUAUAUCAUCAAAAGGAUCUCUGGACAGUCAACCAAGAUUGGGGCCUGCUGGUCUUGCAUUGCAUUAUGCUAAUAUAGUCCUCCAGAUUGACUCAAUUGUUAGUACAUCUCUUCACUUCCUGAUCCUUCUUUGUGAAAUGUUGAUUCAUAAAUUUCGUUUUGUUAUUAAUUUUGCACUCUUCUGUUGCUCUUAA